AUAACAAGUAAACAUAAGCAAUGUUAUCAAAACAUUAUAAACUAUUAUCAAAAUAAACUAUUAAGUUAUUGUGUGCUGCAGGUCGUGAUAAAUGCAAUGAAUGCGAUAUGCGAUAUCAUUAUUCAUUACUCAGUACCACGAUUUAAGAUAGAAUCUUAAAGAUAUCUUAAACCGUGCUCAGUACUCAGCAGUCAGCAGUCAGUACUCAACAGUCAGCGCAGCAGUCGCCACUCCGCUCGCUAGUCGGCAGUUCAGACUUCAGGCGUUCAGCUACAUGGUUCAUAGCCCGUUCACAACUACCUAUACGACUAUAAUACACGGUUUAAAACUUAAAUCAUAAAUUGAAUUAGGUAUUAUAAUAUGAAUUUAUCGUAAAUCAUGUUACAAAAUUGAAAACGCAGGCACCUCGGACUUCAGAAGGAUUUAAAAUUAUCUUGUGGCGAUGGACGCCGACGAACCCAGCUAUGAAUUUUCAACGUUAAAGUGUCAAUGGUCGUUAACCGACUCUCCCACCGUGAAGGUACACCUGAAAGUGGCGUUUUGCGAUGGGGCGGCUGACGAUGAGACACGGGUGGCGAUGCAGGUAACUGCUAUUGUGAACACGUCGUUCGAUGAUUAUGUAGUGUACACGGGAUUCGUGAUCGGCGAAAAGGCAGCUAAUCAGAGCCUACAUUCGGGGGUCCAACACGACUUAGAUAAAUCGACAGCUACUCGCGUCUGGUUACGGGACGCCCGAGCCGCAUUAGUUUGUAGUAGCAACAAUUCAACAGCGGAAUACGAAUACCAUUUACGACGGGAAGACGAUAACGACCGACUGCUUACGUUAGCGUGGAAGAUUAAACUCCGCCCGUUUGGCUUGGCGACACUAGGCGUGGUUCAGAUGAAAGAGGUGACGCCCUCGAUGUCAGUGGCGUGCACUUCGUUCAUCACGCCGCUGAUUCGUUUACUGUCUGCUGAACGGAAGCAUCGGGAAUUAUCCGAUUUGGCGGCCUCGAACCGCGAGCGAUGCCAGUUGGAAGACAACCGUCGACUGCUGAACGAGAUGCAGUCGAUGGUUGACGGCCGACGGUUAGAUGACCAGCGGCUAAUGGCUCGGUUUGUGGAAGUGUUGAACUCGAAGAAACGGCGGAUAGCCGAUUUGCGACAGGAGUUGGCUGAGCUGAAAAUUGAGUCGAAUGUGCCACAGUCAGUGGUCGUUACCGUCGAACGAGAUAAAUUGAUAGGUCAACGACGACGGGGACGUGGUACAUGUCGUGGUCGACCUAGAUUGAUUAAAAAGAUUAAACAGUCCAGAAGUAGUGGUGUGGACAUAAAAUGGUGUUCUUCCUCGUCCGAAGAUGAGAACACCACUUUACGACAUAUCAGUGACAAUAGCCAGUUGCCUGAGUCUAUAGAAAUGGGUGGAUUAAAUAGUAUCAAUAUUUCUGAUAAUGUAGUUUCAGAUGCUAAGGAGCCCCUGAUGUCCACUUCAGUAUCAGCGUCUCCUACGGUACCAGUUUUUCCUAUUGUACCAGCAUCUAUUUUAGCUGAAAACAUACCAAUCGAUCCCAGGUACUUAGCUGAUACUCUAAUAGAUUCACCUAACAGUUCGCCAACAUGGUUGCAACAACCAUUAACAGUUUCACUAUCGCCUCAGCUACAGCCAUCAAUAAAUCAACACUGUGAACACGAACUACCAAAAAAAAAGUCUGUGCUCGAUGACCUAUGGUCUGGUAUUUUAUAACUAGUAAUGUUGUAUUUAAACAAACAACCACAUUACCAUACCUAUUUUUUUUUACUUGUAUUUUUUUUAACAUUUUCAUUUUUGUAAUAUUAUAUUAUACCUACCUAUUUUUUAGAUAUAGGUAACUGGUACAGAUAUUAUUCUAUUACAAUAUAUAAAAAAUUUAUAAAUGAUUAAACAUUAAUGUACUUUUAACAAAAUAAUGAUAUUUUUGAAAUAUAAUAGUAUAGUUGAAUUAUUCACGGGAAAAGCGUAACAAUUACCCUAUAUAAUUAUUUUUAUAAUUUGAUUAGUAUGUUGCGUUUAUGAUUCAUUUUUGUGUAAGUAAAUUAGUUUAUGUUUUAAUCAUUGUUACUGUUAAACAACUUAAAUGUUUAUUUUACUAUUAAUUUUGAACAAUUUUUGAUAUUGUUUUUAAGAUGUUAAAUAAAUUAUUUAAAAUAUAUUUUGUAAAUGUUAUAGUUACACUAAAAAAACAACUUUUUUAUGAACAUUUAAAUUAAUACCAAAUAUAUUAUCAUGUCUAUUAAGUUAUAUUGUAUAAUAUAGUAUAUUAUAAAAUUGUAGUACAGGUACCUAUACCUACUAGCUACUACAUUUAUACAUUUAUACCACAGUUAAUUAUUAUAAUAUAUUUAUAUUGGCUGUGAUACCUUAAUUUUGUGUUACAUUCUUAAUUGUAUUGUUGAACUUAUUUAUUUUAGAACUUGUAAUUGGUAUUGUCCAUUUAAAAUACAAUAAACACAUAAAUAUGAUAA